CGAACCUGCGUCACUUUAGGACUCACGACUAUCCCACAAAACAGGCUGCACUGAUCACAGGAUGCUCACUCUGCAGAGGCAAAGACAUUAAAUGAACACACUGCUUGAGAAGAAGCCUGAUUUAAAAAAUCUGCAGGAUUGUGAGCUGCCUGCACCUGGUGUCUGUCUGAGAAAUGAUGAGGGGAGACCUGCUGCUGCAGAAUGUGACCGCUGAGCAACGGAGAACACACUCAUCAGAGAAGAAGCUGGCUGCCUUCUGGGUCUCUCUCUCUCAGCGCACCAGAAUGCUCUUUAGAAUCAGACAGCGCAGCGGCUUCUACAGGAGUCCUUCUGUAGCAGGGCUGCUUAGGAGUGAAGUGUAAGAUUGUGUGUGUGUGUGUGUGUGUGUGUGUGUGUGUGUGUGUGUGUGUGUGUGUGUGUGUGCAUGCAUGUAUGAGAAAGACAGAGCGACAGAGAGAGUGAGAGAGAGACAUUUUUAAGUUUAGAAAUGCAUAUUUAUUUGUAUGGAUAUGAUCCCUCUGGAUCAGGACCAAAUUUGCCCUUCAAAUAUGAUGACAUUGACACAGGAAGUGAUGGGAAAUGGCUAAGCAGAAGAAAGAAAAAAAAGAGUAAAGGGGGAAUCAACAAGUGUGUAUCAUCUCAUCUUCAGCUUGUGGAUAGCUUUUUUUUGGAAAUCCACCAAAUUCUUGUUGAUCAUGGAAAAUAUACCACCAGCGAAAGACGUUUCUGUCAUUCCAUAUGACUGCACAGUGCUCCACAUUUCAUGCUUCUAGAAUUAUUUUUCAUAAAGAUCAGAGUGAACUAAAGGACCCAGUGCUAUGCACCAUGUACUCUGUGUCAGCUUCUAGAUGAGAGGCGUUUCUGAAUUUUUGAUGGUAAUUGUGCAUCUGGAACUGGAGCUGAUACUUGUAGGAAAUAAGCUGAGAGAUUUCACCUGUAAGCUGACAUGUUCAGCCAGUGGCUGCCUUCCAGAGAGUUCCAAACAAAUUGCUUCUCAUGUGCUGCUGCCGUACCUUCUGGCAGGCUUCAGUCGCGUGGCUGCUGGAAUGAUCAGAAAUACAGUACGUCUCACUGGGAAAUGUUUAAAGAAAUCUCUGAAGUGUUUAUAUUGGUUCCUGCGCUAGUGGGUUUAAAGGGAAAUCUGGAGAUGACUUUAGCAUCCAGACUAUCCACAGCAGCCAAUACCGGCCAGCUAGACAAUCCCACGCAGCGGACAUUGAUGGUAUACACCAAUCUAGCUUUAGUCCAGGUGCAAGCCAUAGUGGUGGGUUUUCUGGCUGCGGUAGCUGCCAUAGGUUUCGGGGGCUUCAUUAGAGGCAACGUAGACCUUCAUCAGGCUGCUGUACUGUCUACUAGCAGUGUGACCACAGCCUUCAUUUCUGCUCUCACUUUGGGUUUGCUGACGGUAGGGGUGAUUACUGGAUCCCGAAUGUUCGGUAUUAACCCUGAUAAUGUAGCAACCCCCAUAGUUGCUAGCCUUGGAGACCUCAUCACCCUCUCACUGCUAGCAGGAAUUGGCAGCUUCUUUUUCCACUUUAGAGAGAUGUGGUUUUUACUUCUAUUGCUAUGUGCAGUGUUCCUCUUGCUUAUCCCUCUCUGGGUGAUCAUUGCUCGCCACAGUCCUUCAAUCAGAGAGGUGCUCAAGUCAGGCUGGCAGCCUGUUAUCAUUGCUAUGCUAAUCAGCAGUGCAGGAGGAUUGAUUCUGGAUAAAACUGUCAGUGAUCCUCGUUUUAAAGGCAUGGCUGUAUUCACACCCAUCAUUAAUGGUGUAGGUGGGAACCUGGUUGGGAUUCAGGCUAGCCGCAUCUCCACCUACUUGCACUGCAUUAGUGUUCCUGGAGUCACAUUUCAACACAUUAAAACACGCUGCCCUCAUCCCAGAAGGACUUUCUGCUCCUCAGCAGUAAACUCCAGAUCUGCUAGAGUUCUGUUGCUGCUGGUGGUUCCAGGUCACCUGCUCUUCCUUUACACUGUUCAGCUGCUCCAGGGUGGACACACUGCCAUGACACCUGCUUUCAUCUGCUGCUACCUGUGUGCUGCAUUACUGCAGGUAAUAAUACUGCUGUACGUGGCAGAUGUGUUGGUGUGGCUGGUCUGGAGACAUGGUCUGGACCCUGAUAAUUACUCCAUCCCCUACCUGACUGCACUGGGGGAUUUGCUGGGCACAAGCCUCCUUGCUCUUACUUUCAGAAUAACCUGAGAUCAGAUCGGUUCCCUGAUAUGAUUCUAUUAUGAUAUGCGAAUGCAAGUUAAAGAGAAACAAAAAAAAAAGAUACAAGUUUUUAAUAUGAUAUCAUUGGUUCAAUUUUUCCUUCUCAUAGACCAUUUUUUGAUUUUUUUAUGUAGAAUUUCAUUUCAGUACUAUUAUUUUGUUUCAUAGUUAAUUACUGGAAAUUUCUAGGUGCCUAAAUACACAAAUUACUCCUACAUGAGUAAAAAAAUGGCACAUGGCAUUUAUACAGUCCAGUGUUAAAGGUUUGUAUCUUCUUUACAAAAUGAGGGCAGAAUACCAGAGCUAAAUUUAUUAGGGAAACUAUACAGGAAUAGAAUUCUAUUUGUAUUUUAUUCCCCUAAAAUAAAUAUUAAUUAUUAUACUCAUAUUAAUUAAUUAAAGGGGUCUAGGGAAUUAAUACAUUUUAUAAUUAAGAAACUCUGGCUGCCAAAUAAUUAAGAACUAAUUAAAGCUGGUCGUCGAUGUUUUACAUGAACAUGUUCGAAUGUAUUAUUUUAUAUCCAAUUAGAAGAAGAUUGUCAAUGUCCUGCAUUGUAUCACUGUCAUAUGCUGUAUUUCAUGGUGGUCAUUUACGCAAAUGAAUCACAAAAGUGACAUAGUUGUUUCACUAUGUAAUAAAGACAAUAAAAGUAUCUUAUGGUGUUAUUAACAUGUCUUACAUGUAAACUAAUAGUACCGGGCUAUGGUGUGAGCAAAAUAGAUGCUUUAUUAUGUGUCAUUACAGUUCUUAUAUAGAACAUAAGCACUACAUUAUUGUGAGGGUGAAGCCAAUUUUAAUUUCUGUUAAGACAAUGCAACAUUUUACAUUAUGCAAAAUGUUUGUAAUGAAUGUGGCCUUUAGUAUUUACCAUAUAAUUUGAAAAGCUGUUGUAUUUCUGUGCACUAUGAUGUAGUUAUUUAUUGUACAAAUGAAUUUGCCCUUUAUGGACUAUGCAAAUGAAGUGAUAUUGUUGCAUAUUUUAUACUUGAUUGUGUUUGUCUAAUAUGCUGCAGUGUCUUCCACAGUUUAAAAGGCAGAGCCUUGCAGUGUAGCCAUCCAAUAAAAGCAGUAUUAACUCUCUUAAGUGUGCUGAAAUGGUAUUCAAACUAAUCAUGAGCUCAGCUGGCUUUGUAUUAUUCUACAAAUCAUAGCCAACAGCUGCACUGAUAUAUAUUGCACUGCUUAACUUCAGUUUUUAAAUCCAGCCUGGAAUCUGCCUCAGGUUUUUUUGUUUUUUUAAAACUCCUAAAAAUGAUCCUGAUCCUACUGUCAUUUAGAACAAUUGAACCGUUAUUUUGCUGUCUGUAACAACAUACUGGUGCUAGUGAAGCCAGUUUGGAAUACGCAGGGUGCAAGGUUACAACACAUCCUGUAUAGGACAUCACACACCCUCACACCUAGGAGGGAUUUAGAAUAGCCAAUUCACUUGCUGGUGUGGUUUUGGAAGGAGGGAGAAAAUAGAGCACACACAAGGAAGGAGGGAGAAAAAUAGAGCACACACAAGGAAAAAACAUGCUCACCAAGGACAAACCCCAGAUCCUGCUC